AGUGCUUCAACGUGGUUGCUUCCCCUUCUUCUUCAUGCUUCAGCCACCUCCCACGGCCACCACCGCGUAGGCGCACACCAGCCAGUAAGCCACAGCCUUCUUCCCUUUCUUCCUCACCAGCCAGCCAGCCUCAACCACCAAUCCACCAAGAUUCGCGGCUUUCCUCGCACCGGUCACUACCACGUACCACGGUUCGCCGCUGCGCCACCUAUUACGGCGUUUCUCACCGCGCCAUCACCCACCCAUCCCGUAUCGUUCUCUAAUCCCUCCGUGCGACCACGCUGUUGUCUUUGAUCGUCGCUCUCGCCAACCACCAGCUCGUCGCCGUUCAAACCAGUAGGCAGCAGCCUUUUAACAACAGCCACCGAGAGCCACUGUCACGCACCUGCUUCCCCAAAAGCUCCUCCGUGUAACUGCAACAUGUCUUCUCUCAGGAAUGCCAUUCCCAGGCGUGCCCACAAAGAACGCGCUCAACCGUCCUCGAGGAAAAAAUUUGGCUUGCUUGAGAAGCACAAAGACUAUGUUGAGCGUGCAAAAGCAUUCCACAAGAAAGAGGACACCAUACGGAGGCUCAGGGAAAAAGCGGCAAACAGAAACGAAGAUGAAUUUUACUUUAAGAUGAUCAAGACAAAAGUCGUUGAUGGAGUUCAUAAACCAGAGAGUGAUGCAAACAAGUAUACCCAAGAAGAACUCCUGCUGAUGAAAACACAGGAUAUAGGAUAUAUUCUUCAAAAGCUUCAGAGUGAGAGAAAGAAAAUUGAGAAGCUGAAUGCCACUCUGCACUGUACUGAUAAUCAACGGCCAAAUAAGCAUGUCUUCUUUGCUGAGGACAGGGAAGAGGCAAAAGAGUUACAAUCACAAAAUCUAAGAAGAGAAGUUCAUCUUCCUCUUACUUCCGAUGAUCUUCCUACGAACAUUAAGAGAAAGAUUGCCAAAUCCUAUAAAGAGCUGGAAGCGAGGAAGACUAGACUCAGCCAGCUAGAGAAAAUCUACUUGGACAUGUCAAUGCAGAAAGAGUUGCAGAAAAAGGGUAAGAAGCGCAAACUACGAGAAGACGAGCUUGUCACUCCAGCCCCUAAAUCGGUAUACAAGUGGCAUGCUGAAAGAAAGCGCUGAAUGGGAUAAAAUAGAGUAUCUGACCUCUUAGCGUAAGGAUAAUUCAUUUUCUUGAUUGUGUGUUUCUACUGGAGAUGGAAGCACAGAACAUAUGUAUUCUAGGGCUACUGGUUUCGGUGUUGAUAGCAUAGUAGCCAGCUUUCUUGCUGGGAAUUCCUUGAUCAUCAAGUAAUAGUCGAAUAUCUUUUCAAUACUAUAGAUUUUGUGCAAUUAGACCUGUGACUAUUGUGAAACGCAUGGUGUUUUCAUAUAGAUCCUAAAUGGAAUGUAACAGUUGAAUUUCUAUUUCCAAUACUAAAGAUUUUGUGCAACUUAUCAUGGGUAGCUGGAAAUGCCGCCUAUUUUUAUAUAGAACCUAAAAUGGCAUGAACCUGUCUAGUGUCUCUACUUAAUUAUUGUUGGUUGCAAAGACUUUCUGAUCAAAUACAGAGUAACAUAAUG